AAACCGAACCAAACAGAAUCUAGUACAGUUGGUUUAGUCCAGCAUCCAGUAAGAGAAGAUACAUUUUGUGUGAAGCAUCCAAAAAUGUUGCUUUUUAAACAUAACCAUUAAGAAAAUGAAUAGUUGUGGCAACCCUUUGACUUGAUGAGUGACCAAAAUUGAUGUACAUUAAUUAUCUGUCUCUUCUUUCUUUUUAAAGUCUUCACUGCAAAUUUUUUCCCAGCUUCCAGUUCUUCCAUGUGAGCUUCAAACUCCUCAAAGACCAUAUAUUCCAUCUUCCAUGGAGACUCAAAAGCUAAUUAUACAUUUCAUUCUUCUUCUUCUUUUCAUUUCUUGUUCAUCCUCUUUCACUCCCAUAGAUAACUACCUUCUUAGCUGUGGAUCACAGAACAAUGCUUCCCUCUUCAACCGCAUCUUCGUCAGUGAUUCCACCAGCCAUGGCUCAAUUUUUCUCUCUGCUGACAAAUCCAUUUCCCUCACCUACCAAGACCCUCCUCCAAAUUUGCCUACUUUGUACCACACUGCAAGAGUUUUCCCCAUCACUGGGAGCUACAGGUUCAACAUGAGGAUAAAUGGUACCCACUUGGUUCGUUUUCAUUUUUCACCUUUUAAGGCUCAAGGAUUUGAUCUAAAAUCUGCCAACUUUAGUGUCUUGGUUGAUGGUAAUUUGGUGCUGAGAAAUUUCAAGCCAAUUAAUGGUGCACUGCUUAAGGAGUUUAUUUUGAAGAUAGAGUCAAAUUUGCUUGAAAUUUUAUUUAGACCUGAAGGUAAUUCAGGUUUUGGCUUUGUGAAUGCUGUAGAGGUGUUUACUGCUCCUGCUGAUUUUGUCAUAGAUUAUGGAGCUAGGUUGGUUGGUCCUUCUGGUGUGGUAGAGUACAAGAACCUUUCAUCUCAGGUUUUGGAAACUGUGCAUAGGAUUAAUGUUGGGGGUGUGAAAGUAACUCCUUUUAAUGACACCCUUUGGAGGACUUGGAUUCCUGAUGAGGAAUUUCUGGUUCUUAAGGAUGCUGCUAAGCGUGUGGGGAGCACUCACACACUAAAUUACCAGAAGGGAGGCGCGACUCGAGAGAUCGCUCCGGAUAAUGUUUAUAUGACUGCUCAGGAAAUGAAUAAGGAUCACUCCAUUAUUGCUUCACAGUUCAACAUAACCUGGGAUUUUCCAGUGGCUCCAGGUGGUGUUCGGCACUUGGUUCGGCUGCAUUUCUGUGAUAUUGUUAGUCCUGCUCUUAAUUUGCUCUACUUUGAUGUGUAUAUCAAUGGGUAUUAUGCUUACAAGGAUCUUGAUUUGUCAUCCCUUACUGUCCAUGUGCUUGCAUCUCCGUUCUAUGUGGAUUUUGUUGUAGAUUCCAAUGAAUUGGGUGUUAUUCAAAUAAGUGUUGGCCCUUCUGAACUGAGUAGUUCUGCAAGGAUGAAUGCCAUUUUGAAUGGUGUAGAGAUAAUGAAGCUAGUGAAUGUUGUGGACUCACAUGUUGUUCCAAGGAAGAAGAGGUUGUGGGUGUUGGUGAGUUCAAUUGUUGGAGGAAUUGUUGUUUUGCUUUUUGUUAUAGCUGCUUUGCUGCUUUCUCUCAAAUGCAGGAAGAAGAAGAAAACGCCAAGACAAAGAACAAUGGAAAGUGUAGGAUGGACGCCUUUACGCGUGUACGGAGGGAGUUCACUUAGUAGAAUGUCUGAAGGGACAGCUUUUCCCUCUCCUGGUUCUUAUGGUUAUUUUGGCUUGACAAUCCCUUUUGCCGAUAUACAAUCAGCAACAAACAAUUUUGAUAGAAGUCUAAUUAUAGGGUCUGGUGGGUUUGGUAUGGUUUACAAAGGGGUGCUCAAAGACAACGUGAAGGUUGCAGUCAAGAGAGGCAUGCCUGGAUCCAGACAAGGGCUUCCAGAAUUCCAGACCGAAAUAACAAUCUUUUCCAAAAUUCGCCAUCGCCAUCUUGUUUCACUAGUUGGAUAUUGUGAAGAAAACUCAGAAAUGAUACUUGUCUAUGAGUAUGUGGAAAAAGGUCCACUCAAAAAGCAUCUAUAUGGCUCAGCAGGACAUGCACCUUUGUCUUGGAAGCAGCGGCUUGAGAUAUGCAUUGGUGCAGCUAGAGGUCUCCACUAUCUACACACUGGUUUCGUGCAAGGAAUCAUCCACCGUGACAUUAAAUCAACCAAUAUUUUGCUUGAUGAAAACUAUGUGGCCAAGGUUGCAGAUUUUGGUCUUUCAAGAUCUGGACCUUGUCUCAAUGAAACCCAUGUGAGCACUGGUGUGAAAGGUAGUUUUGGUUAUCUUGAUCCGGAGUAUUUUCGAAGGCAGCAGCUUACAGAUAAGUCAGAUGUUUACUCAUUUGGGGUGGUGCUUUUUGAGGUUCUUUGUGCCAGACCUGCUGUUGAUCCACAACUUGAUAGGGAACAGGUGAACUUAGCCGAAUGGGGGCUUGAAUGGCAGAAAAAGGGCAUGCUGGAGCAUAUUAUUGAUCCCUAUCUUGUUGGGAAGAUAAAGCAAAGCUCUUUGAAGAAGUUUGGUGAAACAGCAGAAAAAUGUCUGGCUGAAUAUGGUGUUGAUAGGCCAACAAUGGGUGCUGUAUUGUGGAAUUUGGAAUAUGCACUUCAGCUCCAAGAAAGUGAACAAGAAGGGGAGUCAUAUGAUGAUAGCAGUGCUCGGGAAACAGUGAAUGUGACAACUACAAUAAUUCCUGGGAGUCCUUCUAGUAACGUAAUAAGAGAGGGAGAUAAUGGUAAUGGUUAUUCAGACAUAAGUGCUACCGAAGUUUUUUCUCAACUAAUGAACAGUGAAGGCAGAUAGAGAUAGAAAUAUCCUGCAAAUAGAGGCUAUUCUUGCUGAUGUAUAAAAAGUUUCACAUGGAAAUAAAGGUAUCAAUCUUUACCUGUGCUUUGAUAGUUAUUUUCUUUAUAAUUUUUCUUUUGUUAAAGAAAAUUGAACCAAAACCAAUAUUAACAUUUACAUAUGGAAGGCAGUAAUAGGCAAGGCUCAUUUAUAGUUUCUUACGGAUGUUUGUAUAAUCUUUAUUUUCAUGAUGUCUGACAUUGGAGAGAUGCAAAUAUUUAUCAUAGUAUAACCUUAUCCGUUUAUGCUAUGUUACCGCUCUGUAUUUAUCGAGAGAAGAAUUGGUAUAAGUUGCAAACUUUAUAAGUUUGGUUCUAUCAUUAAUUUCUAUUUCUUA